AUGGGAACAACAUCAAUAAACACAGUGUGUUGUUUCAUGAUUAUGUUUAUGUUUAUCAAUGUCACUGUUGCGGUUGGUGAUUUAACAGAUCGGAAGAGUCUUACGGUUAAAUCUAAAGAUGAAGUGAAGUGUACUCCGUGUGGUGAAGUUUCGUCGCCGCCGCCACCUUCUCCUCCUCCGCCGUCUCCUCCGCCAGCUUCCACGAGUAACUGUCCUCCGCCUCCUUCAACUCCAAGCUCCGGUGGUGGUGGUGGUUCAACUUAUUACUCUCCGCCGCCGCCGUCUGCGUAUUACUACUCCUCUCCGCCACCUCCGGCGACGUCCAACGGAGGAGGUGUAGGCGGAGGUUUGUAUUAUUAUCCUCCGCCGAAUGGUGGGAAUGGGAAUGGGAACGGGAACUAUCCUACUCCGCCGCCGCCGAAUCCAAUUGUGCCGUACUUUCCUUUCUACUUCCACACUCCGCCACCUUCCCGUUCCACGGCGGCGCCUCCGCUGUUUAAGGGAUCCGUAUUGCUCUCCGCCGUGUCGGUUUUACCUAUUUUUCUGGUGUUGUUUUGA